AUGCCAUCCCAUGGAGGCUCGGUUAGCCAGCAUUUCAAAAUGGCUGCUGGAAAGUUACCUUCAAAUGCGCUUUCUUUAAAACAGGUGACAGCAACAUUUGACAACUUGCUUUGCUAUGCAAAAAAUUAUUGGUAGAUUUAAUGAUCGUGUGUUUUUUUCCUUUUGAAGUUCUUUCUUAGAAAGCAAGUUCUGAGUCUCUAUCGUGAAAUCUUUAAGACGUUACGUGAGGUGGAAAAUGAAGAUCACAGGAAAGAACUUGCUGAUUGGGCAAGAUCAGAGUUCAAGAAAAACAAGCACGAAAAGGAAGAGGUAAGUUUCAGUUACUUAACAAUGUAGGGGGAUCUCUAGGGGGUAUUUCCAAUUUACCCUCCCUAGAUGUCCCGAAAGAAAAUCGUAACACCAUUGCUAGAUGAAAGACCCCCAAAUUUCUCCCCGUUUUCUACCUUAAAAUCUUUAAAUGCCGAGAGGUGUUUAAAUUAAGGAUGGCCAAUACCAAUACUGAUACCACUCUUUCAGAGGACUUAAUUUCUCUUACAAGCUAGGAAAGCGCAUAACAUAUGGGGGUUGUUACCUCUUUAAUGCAAACAUGCAGGUGUACAAUUAUAGCAACAUUACAAGGUCAGCAUGAAGAAAGCGACUGGUAUUUCACUAUGCUAUGGUGUUUUUUCAUUAUGUUGUAACUACGAACCAGCCUUUAUUUUUGCAGAUUGUCCUUAAUGCAUAAAAGACCCUUCUAAAUUUCCAAUUCCAUUUGUUGGGUGCAAUAAUUUACAUCAACCAAUUACAUUGCUUGACUGAUUGAUUGUUUUUUUCUUAGAUUGUCAUCAAAAUGAUGUUAUCACGUGGUCGCCUCACAUUAAAAGAAAUGUCAUCAGCAAUUUACUUGGCUAAAUAAGGUUUAGAGAGGUACUCUCUUGGCUGAACAAGUGCCCUCCCUGCACAGAAAAUCGCGAAUUGUAAUUCCUGGACCAUCUUGUCAUAGGGUUCAAAGAAAACAUGGAGAGUACUGGAAUUACAACCACCAGUGGUCAGGAUAAGAAUGAGGAGAAAUCUGCUGGAAGAGACUGCAUUUGUUUAUCUUCUUUGAGUUUGAUUGUUUUUUUAUGUUGUACGUGACUGUAUACUUAAUUGACCACUCUA